CCCCACCACAGCCAUCACUUCUAGUUUCGAAUGUUUAGAUCUAUAUAUCGUGUAGAAUUUAAUCUUGCUGGCUCAUCAGUUUCCUCGAUUCUAAACAUCAAUUCCUUCUCUGACCGAUUUCAUAGCCAACCGUCUCAAGAAUUAAGAAGACAUCAUCAAAAUGAGCCCGUCACUAGUCCAAAGCCAGCCAACCUACCGAAUUGCCUCGAUACCAGCAGAUGGUAUUGGCCCAGAGGUAAUUGAGGCAGGUGUUACAGUUCUCAAGAAGCUCGCCGCAACACUCAAAACUUUCGACCUCGACUUCACCAAUUUUGACUGGGGCAGCGACACUUACAAGAAGACGGGGAAAUAUAUGCCAGAUGACGCAUUGACGACUCUGAAGAAAUUUGACGCUAUUCUUUUUGGUGCUGUUGGCGCACCUGAUGUCCCCGAUCAUAUUUCCCUGUGGCAGCUCCGUUUGGCAAUUUGCCAACCUCUCCAACAAUAUGCCAACGUGCGCCCAACAAAGGUUUUCAAAGGUACACAAUCACCACUCCGGAACUGCAAAGCCGGCGAAUUGGACUGGGUCAUUGUCCGUGAGAAUAGCGAGGGCGAGUAUGCAGGUCACGGCGGACGGUCUCAUACCAACCAGCCAUGGGAGGUCGCUACGGAAGUCUCGAUUUUCACACGCCAUAGUGUAGAGAGAAUUAUUCGAUUUGCGUUUGAGAUCGCUAAGGGAAGGCCUAAGAAGCAUCUUACUGUUGUGACGAAGAGUAAUGCUCAGAGGAAUGGAAUGGUUAUGUGGGACUCAAUUGCGGCAGAGGUGGCCAAGGACUUUCCGGAUGUGCAGGUUGACAAGAUGCUUGUUGAUGCUAUGACGGUGAGAAUGGUGCUAAAGCCUGAGUCAUUGGAUACGAUUGUGGCCACCAAUCUGCACGCAGAUAUUUUGUCGGAUCUCGCUGCUGCUCUUGCCGGAUCGAUCGGCAUCGCACCAACCAGUAACCUCGACCCAACAAGAGAGAACCCCUCCAUGUUUGAACCUAUCCACGGUUCUGCAUUCGAUAUCACUGGUAUGGGAAUUGCCAACCCUGUUGCCACAUUUUGGACCGCCUGCGAGAUGUUGACAUGGCUUGGAGAGAAAGAAGCUGCGGGCAGUCUUCUAGAUAUCGUUGAGAGUGUUUGUGAACAGGGAAUUAUGACGAAGGAUCUUGGUGGAUCGGCUACCACGCUUGAGGUGACGACGGCUGUAUGCAAGGAGAUCGAAGCGAGACUGGGGAAGCCGAAGACUGUAUGAUCGAUCUGAUAGCCGUUUCUCACUUUGUCUAAACAACGUUUUGGGUGCAAUCUACAAAUUGAUGACGCAUGGUUAGUCUCCGUGCCCUGGUAUCCGGUUGGAUGUAAGACCCAAUUCUUGGGUUAUAUUUCCAGACUCGUUUGAGUCGAACAAAUAUCAACCUAUCCCUUCCACUGCGAAACGGAACACUUUUUGCACCUUUCGUAGAGUGGAGUCGACUAGAGAGUAGCGAGCCUUGGGUAGUAUGUUAUAUGGAGCCUCCCAAACUUUAGGUAGCAAAUAUUGCGUCGUUUUGCUAGUGGAGCCUCAUUUAUUUCUGAAGAUCUUACCCACAGUUACAGCAC